AUGUCCUUUCCGCCACCUCCAGGUCUGAAGCAAACACCGUCUUCGCUGCCACCGCGGCCACCAAACACAGCAUCUCCUUCCCCUGCAUCGUUUCAGCCCGCAUACUCGGCUGCGCCAUCGUAUUCGUCCGCAGGGACCAGCAAUGGAUAUGGCGGCAGCGGGCCUCGGACAGGCUACAAUGCUUUCACAGCAUUCGCGCCGCGCUCCGUAGCUUCUAGUCAACCCUACCGUACCAGCAGCCCCGUCGUAUCCGCUCCGCCAGCCACCUCAGCCGGAUACUCGACUCCCACUACGGCAGGCUACGGUAGCUACUAUUCCCAACCACAACAAACCUACCAAAGCGGAGCCUCAUACUAUGGCUCUGCCCAGUAUAAUGAAAACACAUAUGGUCCGUCCGUGCCUCGGAUUCAGAAUCCCUUUCCCGCUGCGGGAGCUGACCAAGCAAACAAUUAUGGUAUGCACGGGAGGAACUAUGGGCGCAAUGAGUCUGGUUUAGAUCCGGAGACAGAAGCACAGAUUGCACAGUGGCAAAGUGCCUAUGCGAACAGAGACGAAGCACAGGCGACGAGCAAGGUUCCUGGCCGCCGAGAUGGAUACGCGGUAUCCGGCACCGGCUCCGGUGUCAAUACACCCUCCGGCACCGCUACGGCAGCCACCACCCCGGCGCCCGUUGUAGGCCAAGCCGAGUCGCAGAAGACCGUUGCCCGGGCUGGUGGUGGCCAGACCUGGACCGACUCGACUCUUCUAGAAUGGGAUCCCGCACAUUUCCGUCUUUUCGUAGGAAACCUUGCCGGCGAAGUCACGGACGACUCACUGUUGAAGGCGUUUGUGAAAUACACUUCCGUCCAGAAAGCGCGUGUCAUCCGCGACAAGCGCACCCAGAAGAGCAAAGGAUAUGGUUUCGUCAGUUUCAGCGAUGGAGAUGACUAUUUCAAAGCCGCGAGGGAAAUGCAAGGGAAGUAUAUUGGAUCCCACCCUGUCCUGCUCCGUCGCGCCACUACUGAGGUCCGUCCGGUGGCUAACUCAAAGAACGGGAAGAAGCACGGCGGUGGGGGUGGCUCGGGAGGCGGCCACGGCGGAGGCAAGGUCAAGCAAGAUGGAAUCAGAAAGCCUGGAAAGACCAAGGGCGGGCUGAAAAUCAUCGGAUAG